AGGGACGAUGCCCUAUAGAGCGGAGUUAAAAAGACCAGAUCUCAAAGGGCAGUUUCCAUGUUCGGUGUGCGGUAAAAUCUUCUGCCAUUCAUCGUCGCUAAGCAGACAUCGAAUGCAGGCGCACUUUAAGAGCUACACAUGCACUCAGUGCAAUCAGGAAAUAUCCAGUAAUGAAACGCUCCGGUCACACAUGUUCCGAAUCCAUAGCAUCUCCAGGAUGUUCAUGUGCAGAUGCUGCAACUGGGCUUUUCCCGAUAAGACUAGUUUACAUAUCCACAUGCAAAGCAUGCUACGAAAUGGUACUCCUGGAGAGGUGGCCAUCCUUGCUAGAAGCUCAACUGAAGACGGGCCGGGUAACUCCCUCGACGACUCACCACGUGGAUCGCCAACUUACUCUACAGAAUCGCUAUUAAAACAUCCUUUUCUCAAUCACGGCAAUGGCAGUAACAGCAAUAAUAACAAUAACAACGCGAAAACUGCAAACAAUAACGCUGGCAUUAAUUCGAUAUUUCCCACGAUUGUGAAGACAGAAAACCUGUUGGCCACCAUGAACAAAAAUAACCUUCUGCCCGCAAUGGAUUUGACGGCACUAUCUUCAAAUCAGUGGCUGUCCGCAUGGCUGGCGAACAAUCCUUUUGCUCCAAAUCUUGGCCAGCAGACGCUCUCCAAUGCUAACGCAGAGGCACCGUCAGAAACGAAGCGUUCCGAGGUCUCAGAGGAAGUCGACUACGAUGCACUGGAGAUAAAGAUGGAUGAAGAUGAUCUGCAUGACGAGGACAUCAAUCAUGAUCCGAGUCCCACUUCAGUAAUAGUUGAUCCAUGCCGCACACCCAAUCGGAAAGCAGAGGACGCUCGUGGCAGCCAAAAAAGAAAGGCAACACGGCCGCAGCAAGUCACGGAUGCCGUGCACGUCGAUCUGGAUGACAAGCUUUGCAACUCGUUGAAGUGCGAACCACCAUGUAAACUGGCGGCUAACAACAAGGAACUCGAGCAGCCGUCUCCUACAGUAUCCGACUCGCACACCAGUGGAACAAGCAGUCAGGCUGGAGACACACCCGCCAAAUGCUUCGAUUGCCAGGUUGUGAAGGAAAAGCUGAAUGUAUCGCAGUCGAAGAUGUUAGAGUACGAGCAGAAAAUCAAUCAUCUCGAAGCGAAAAUCGUCGAGCUGCAACGAACAGCCAGCGAAAGAAAUCACAACAACGAUCAAAGUGAAAGUUUUCAUGCAGAAGGCAAUUCCGAUCAGCUACAGGUUGCUAUGCCUGCAGCCAUGCCAGCAGUCGCGUUGUUCCCACAAUUUUCGCCACCACUUCCGUUCAUGCACAAUCCGGCAGUGAAGAUGUUUUUGCACAAUUUUAUGCAGUUUCAGCUUAGUCGACCAUCGUGUUAGUCAGUGUUCUGCUUUAAAAAUCAAACGCUAAUGCUGUACACAGGUUCGUAUAAUCGUCGUCACCCCUCACUCCUCCUCACACAUUGAUUCGUUCGUUUCUAGUUGAUCGUUUUGCAUCAGAGAUGUGCAUCGCUGUAUAUACUUACUUAUAUUCUUCAAAGGCUUUUCAUACUGAGAAUUGGCAGGAAUUACAACAAAUGCAAUACUAGAACCAAUACACCUCAUUUAAUUAUUCACUAAUCUUUACGUUCGAUGCAAUUCACUUUUCGUUUUGUUGUUAUAUAUCCCGAGUUUUAUUCGUACGUUUGUUGUCAUGCAAAGAAGAUAUUUGAUGAAGCAGGUUUCGCCGAUUUCUGUUUUUGCGUUUUUCGCAUGGAUGUGUUCCGUCCAUCAAUCACACGACUAGCAGAUUAUGCUUAUCAUAUACGGUUAUGAAUUGUGGAACUUCUAUAAACUGUGAGAAUAGUUGAAUCUAGCUCCCC